UCUUAGAACACCGACAAGCAUUAAAUAGCCCAAUAUCACUGAACCCUAGAAUGUAAAACUUGGGGAGAGCAGGAUGUGUAGUGAUGUUUGGAGAUGAUUUCAAACUCAGUGCCUCAGUGCACAGAUAUGCUCCCUGAAAUAUAAACACCCGAUUAAGGGACUUGCUGUCUCUCUAAGCUGGUUUGGUUGUCUUCUAACUGUAGUCAGCAUUUUUAACUGACUAAAAGAGCCACCUUGGUGAUUUGCUGGUUCACAUCGACCAACAAGUGAUUAAUUAGCAAGUCUUUUGUGUGACUUUUAAGAAAUAAUUUCUAGAUGCCUCUAGAGACUUCAGAUCAGUGCGCCUUUGUGCGUAAGCCUCCGCAGUUGUAGAGCUGUGCGUUUCCCACUGGAGAAGGCGGCAGCCUUGCCCUCAGCUGAGGCAAGGGUGAAAUUACUUGGCCCAGCAAUCCUUUCCACCUGUAUUUUCAUCUUCGCCUGGGAAAGUGGCAUAAACCACUGUCGAUUCACCAAUUCUUCCUUCAGCAGCAAGGAAGUUUGUUGUUCUUUAAAACAAUGCACUUGACACAUUUAUGUGUUUCACACACUGCCAUGAGCCUUUUGAAUGAGCUAUAGAUCUUAAUAAUGCGCGAGUUGAAGUGAAGGCUUUGGAGAAAGUCUGGCUUGUGGAAACACUGCUAGAAAUAUUACUAGAGCAUGUUUAAGUGUCCCAUUUAGCCUCUCUCAGGAUGAUAAAUCAUCCAGUUGCAUGCUGAGUGUGGGAAGAAAACGAUGGCUCUUUGGAAAUUGCCAUUCUGAGCAUUUGUCAUGUUGUAGCCUUGGUUGCAAGAGCUGAGAAUGAGCCGAUGUUCAGGACAGUACGUUACUCAGAAAUGUUGUUGUGACAACCCUUCGCGCACCCAAGGAACCGAUUGCAGCAUCGGCACGUGGCGUGCUGGUCAGAGAAAUCGAGUUCCUGAGAGUGAUACUGGGGUAUAAAUAAAUUUAGGGGCUGUGAAAGGAAAUCAUACUGUCCCUUCUCCCUUUGCCAAGGUGAAUGUACUUGCAGCGGCUGGGUAGCGUGGUGUUCUCUGCAGUUCUGAGGCACAGCCAAGUCACGUCAUGAGAUUUUUCUCGCCCUCCUGCUCAUUUUUGAGGAGAGGGUCUUGUGCCUUUGUUGUGAUAGUUUUCCUGCAGUUUGAUGGCUUUUCCAGGAUCUGUUUUAGAUCAUAUACAAAUUGUAACCUUUUCCUCCUUCUUGUAGCAAUGCUUGGAGGUUACAAACAGGUGGGUGACCUUGCAAUCCUGAUGUUGCUUUAAAGACGCAUCAUGUGGGGUUGGGCCUUUAGCCAAACCCAUGAGGAAAACAAGUUUGUGUAUCUGGGAAAAACCUGGAAUCACUGCGAUACACAAUGUAUCAGGACAAGGAGUGGGAACAAGCACUUCUCUGUUUGCCUUUCUCAGCUCUUGCUGUUGCUGUAUUGAAAUUUGAGAGUUGCUAAGAAUAACCCCGUAUGUCCACGUAGCCAGGUUUGGUGCCCAUCUGACAGGACGGGCUCACGUUGGGCUGCGUGCGCUGAAUUCAUUUCCUGUGGCAAUAAGGCGAGAGCCAUUACUCGAGCCUCUGGAAAAAGCUCUUUUGCUGCAAUGUUCUGGAGGAGUUGGAAGGUCAACUGCUCGGUGAUCUGGUGCUCAGCUGUGUCUGAAGCUCAUCAUGGGCUCAGCGAAGGCUCCCGUUAGCUUUGGUUACGGGUCCGGGUCGCUGAGCUGUGGGACGGGCAGAACAGAAUCAAGGUCUCAGUGUUCAGCUGAACUUUUGCAAUUCCAGUGACAGUUCCUCAUUCCAUCCCAUCAAAACCCAAGUGACCAUCCCAACAGCCCAUGUUAUGCCUUCUACGUUGGGUGCUUCACCCUCCAAGCCGUGCUCUGCGGGAGACCAGAGCUGUUUGCAGGGUACUUCAAACACUGCGUUGCCAGGAUCUGCUGCUGAACAGCCAGGGCUCAUGAGAAACGGAGACUUUAGCACCGGGAAGUCGUCUCAGGUGCCACCCAGGGAUCUCUUGCAUCCAUACGGGACUUCGGGGGGAAACGGUUUUGAGCCAUCCUGGCAUCCUGUUUCGGAUCACAUGAGAGCUGAAGACACUUGGAAGUUUGACACCCCUGCCAUCGAGCGUACCCUGAACCAGUCGCUCUUUCUGGAUAGUUCAUGCACUGACCCUCUCCACAGGUUCCAGAAGUUCAAUCCAAGCUCUGGGGCAGCUGAUACAGGAAAGGACCAUUAUAAGGUGCUACCAGAGAGCCGGCAAACAGCUGGGGCGAACGGAGCCUGCGAGCCCCGGGACGGGACGUGGCCGAGUGGGAGCAGGCUGAUGCCAACGGGACUCCAGGCCAACAGUUUCUUUUCAAAACCUGUAGCUCCUUCAUCUCAAGCAUGGAUGCCAGAAGCGUGCGCGCUACAUCCGCACGAGAGGGUCUGUGAGCUCAGCGCUUGGAAACAACAGCUGGAGAAAGUGCGAUUGCAAGUAGAGCAAAUGCAGUUACAAAAUGGAGGUGCCUGCCACCACCCCCCCAUGUAUUCUCCUUCGCUGCCUACGCCCGAUCCAGCUCAGUGGAUCAAUAUCCUGAACUCCAACGAAAACCUGCUCAAGGAGAAAGAGCUUCUCAUUGACAGACAAAGACAACACAUAUCCCAGCUGGAGCAGAAGGUCCGAGAAAGUGAACUGCAAGUUCACAGUGCCAUGCUCGGCUGUCCAGCACCCUACGGAGAUGUCUACAUGUUGAGAAUGCAGGAGCUGCAGCGGGAGAACACGUUUCUUCGAGCGCAGUUCACGGAGAAGACUGAAUCCCUCAGUAAGGAGAAGAUUGAACUGGAGAGAAAACUGGCAGCCGCAGAGGUGGAUGCAAAGCUGAUCCGGGAGUCGCUAAAGGAAACUAUGCAGAAACAUGCAGAGGAGUUAAAGAAACAGGAAGAAAGGGUAAAGGGAAGAGACAAACACAUUAAUAAUCUUAAAAAGAAAUGCCAGAAGGAAUCUGAACAAAACAGGGAGAGACAACAGAGAAUUGAGACCCUGGAACGAUACCUGGCUGACUUACCAACCCUCGAGGACCAUCAGAAACAGAGUCAGAAGCUGAAGGAAUCUGAACUGAAGAGUGCUGCUAUGCAGGAAACAGUGCUGGCGCUGGAAACAGAGCUUGGAGAUGUCCGGGCUGCUUUCAGGGAGCAAGAGAUGCAGCUAGAAACCCAAAAACACAAGGAGCUGGAGCUUCUUUCCACUGUGCGCAGCUUGCAGGACAAGGUGCAGCAGUGUGUAAAGAAUGCAGAGAGAGGAACCCCUGCGCAGGAUGGGGAGAGACAGAAAAUAGAAAAUGACUCUCUGAAGAAAGAAUGUGACUGCCUCAGGAAGAUUGCGGACAAACAGCAGAAGAAGAUGGAGCAGUUGUCCUUGCAAGUAAAGAACCUGGAAGAACAGGUGGCCCAGGAAGAGGGGACAAGCCAAGCUCUGAAGGAGGAAGCCAUGAGAAGAGAAAAUGCACUUCAGCAACUCCGGACUGCUGUGAAAGAGCUUUCCCUGCAGAACCAGGACCUCAUUGAGAAGAACCUGACCCUUCAGGAACGGCUCCGGCAGGCAGAGCUCACGACCCAGCCGCUGCCUGUCGAGACAGCCCGCCUGGCCCAGGAGCUGCACAGCGAGCUGGCCAGUUGUCUGCAGGAUUUGCAGUCUGUCUACAGCAUCGUCACUCAGAGGGCUCAGGGCAAAGAUCCCAACAUCUCCCUGCUCCUGGGCAUUCGCUCUGUGCAGUACUCUGCCAAGGAGGAGGAUGAUUUGCUGAGCCCUGAUGGACUUGGAAAGAAACUGAUGGAGGUAAAACAGCUUCAUAAAGAGGUGGAGGACUUAAGGACGGCAAUAUCUGACAGAUACGCUCAGGACAUGGGAGACAACUGCAUUACCCAGUAAAGAACACUCCCCAAAGUAAGAUGGGAAACGAAGACUUGAAAUCCCCAGGAGUCUUGAGCUCCUACAACCCAAAACCUAUUCAGCACUUUACCAUCCCUUUGCUCGGGUACAAGAUGUGUGACUUAGCCAUUCUGAGAAACUGGGGGGGGUGUUGCCAGAAGUGUUUAGCUGCUGACUGGAAUCAUUCUGGGCUUCGGUGUCGGGCUUUGCAGUAGCUUUGAUCUUGUGGAAUGUGUUUAUGCUGUGUUUGCUGGGAGCUGGUGUGGUCUCUGACACUGGGAGAUGAAUUCUGAAUUGCCUUCUAGGCAUGUCAAAUGCUGAACAUGCAAAUGUGACAGUUAAAACCAUCACUAAAAGGAAAUGUAUGCCCUAGCCUCUCUGAUAAACUCUCUGUGCAGAUCCUGUGUGACUAGUAAGACCAGAGGAUUAUCAGAGUGUUAGGGGACAUUUGUGGCCUUUGCAGGCAGAUGUGCCGGUUUUAUACAGCUGCUACUUACAUCAAGGUGCUACAGGCUCCUCAGUUGCUGUCUGCACAGCUCUGGCUUGGAUUCUCAUGUAGCCAUUUGCGGAGCAGCACCUGCUUUGCUCAGGUAAAUGCAAUCUGAGUCUUUCGGUAGCCAGCAGGAGCUGGGCAAUAAAGCAUCACUAAAAUAGACCCUGAAAACGCUCCCCCUGGGCACUGUUAGCCCCAGAAGCCUUAAGCUUUCUAUCCCCCUAAAACAGCACUCUGAGCUUAAGAUUUGAACUGCAGAGGAAGUGGAUUGAUGCUGAAGUGCCUUAAUGUGCUAGACAAACCUCCUGUCCCCACACUGCUCUGUGCCUAAUGCGUCUGCCGGCUGCUCUUCCCUGCAGCAGCCUGUAGCGCCAUCACAGACAGUCCUGGGGAGCUGGGGAUGUCUGGAGCCCCUGCCCCCCGGGGGACACCCCUGAACAGCACUCUGCUUGCUGCGUGACAGGGAAAAAGCCAUUCUGGUCAUGACAUGGCACAGCUGGAUCGAGGAGCUCCUCCUGACACUGGGCUUUGUUUUAUCCCAGCACUUUGUUCUCUAGGAGCUCUUUGCUCCUCUGCAAAAUUAAUGGGAUUUCUAAAUAAAUCAGCAUGGAAAUGCAGUUCACUUGAUUACAACCCUCCUUAACCUUAGUGGCAACUUUACAGUACUGGCUUGUGACAAUACCGUGGUGCUGAGGUUUUCAGCUUAAGAGCAAGAUGUUAAAUCAGUUAUAACGGGGGAAAACACUGCUGAAACUUCUGCUGUUUGGUUGUUCUUGGUUCACGUUGGGGCCACGAGCCCUGGGUUUGAGAGAAAUGCUUUUGUUAUUCCUUUGUGUUAAAUUUUAAGACCAAAUCUGUUCUGUUCUUAGCGUUUGGCCACCAUGGGUGACGGUGGCAACAAACUGGUUUGUUUGCUGUCCCGAACUACCCCUGCACAGCAUGGGGAGGGAGUGGGCCAGGACUAUUUCUUGAAUUCCUUUGUCCUGGCUGCCGGGAGCUUUGGGCAUUGGGGUGCAGCGCAGCGCCAGCUGUGCCAGCUGCUUUCUCCCAUGGGUGCUGGUUUGCACCAUCCCCUUUCCCUGCCUUCUCCUGGGAUGCAGGAUCUGGCUCCCCGGUAAUGUGCUGGGGACACAUUUACCCUCCGACCGUGUCCCAGAAAUGUCACCUUGUCAUCUUCCUCCUGCCAAACUGGCUGAGGUGGUGAUCCCAUCUGCUGUACAUGGCUGCUGGUCGCCAGGCAGGGCAAGUCUUGGGACUCAAUUUACAGAGCACCGCGGGCAGGGGCAGCAGGACCACGAUCCCCCCGUGCAGGGCGGUUCCCCGUUCCCUCCGGUGCUGCGCGUCCCCCGGGCUAUUGGGCGCCGUGUGUUCCUACCAGCCUUUGUCUCCCCCAUUGUUUGUACCGACUGUUUUGAGUAUGAAAUAAAGCCGCUCUGCUCCACCGUC